GCGGCGGCGGUCACGGCGGGAGCGGCGGGCCGGAGCCAUCGCGAUGCCCGGGCUGUGGCAGCGCCUGGCAGGCGGCGAGCGCGGCCGCCUGGAAACCUCUGACUGCGAGUCGCUGGGCAGCGCCUCCGGCUCGGAGGGAGAUGCCGAGUAUGCCGAGGCGAUCUCCCUGCCGGACUUAGACCUGUUGCACGACCCUGAGGAUGAGCUGCUGUGUGCCAACCUGAUGGACCUCGUCCAGGCCACGCUGGGCAGAGCCCCGCUGGGUGCCAAGCGCUGCUCCCGGCUGCUCAUGCCAGCCCAGCUCCUGGCACAGGUGAGGACGGAGCUGCUGCGCCUGGCCUGCAGUGAGCCCUGUGGGCUGCGUGGGGCCCUCCUCGACCUCUGCGUGGAGCACGGCAAGGCGUGCCACGACGUGGGGCACAUAGCUGUCGAUCCUGCUGUGGUGCCAACCUUCCAGCUCACCCUGGUGCUGCGCCUGGACUCCCGACUCUGGCCCAAGAUCCAGGGACUCUUCACUUCAGGGCCGACUUUCACGCCGCUGAAGCUGAGCACUGGCUUCAGGGUCAUCAAGAAGAAGCUGUACAGCUCUGAGCAGCUGCUCAUCGAGGAAUGCUGAGGGGCUGAGCUGGAGAAGCGACUUACCCAAGUGCUUUGGAUGAGCUGGUUAGAGCGUGGCGGCUCCUGGCAGCCACUGUAGUUUAGGUUAGGCUCAAAGUAAGGCUGUAGGUGGAAGUAGUUUGGGCAGGUUGAGGUCCCCAUAGGGCACCUGUCUGUGCCAGGCCGUCCCUGAUGCGGAGCAGAACAGGACCCAGACGGAGGUCGCUUCCCAGUGUCGAUGAUUGAGGGAUGAUCGCAGUGACUGUGCUCUUGGACACGGCAGCAGGGCUGCUGGGGGGCAGACGGUCUCCUGUUAGCUGAUUAAUCAUGUGUUUUUGUAACAAGGAUUGUAAUCAAUGGGGUUUCUGGGGGAGGGGAUGUGUAGCAGUGACUGAGGGCUGGCCUUGUAGGUCUGGAUCAAAGACAAAACCCCACUGCUGACAGCUGGGCAGCUCUGCCUGGGCUCCCAGUAAAGUACAGUGGGGGUUGGGGGGCUCCAAGAUUGUGUUGUGUCUUUGACUGGGAGAGGGAAGAGUGGUGGGAGGGGUGUGUGAGGUGACACAGGGACGGAGGGCAGGACCCCUUGCUGUGACACGCCGUGGGCACUUCAUUGGUUACAGUUUACACUCCUACACUUGAUGUUCAAGUGCAAGACUUCCUGUGCAAUCGCGUCGGGCUGUGUAUUUUUUUUACUUUUCUAAUAAAACUUGUUUUAAUGGAUAA